UCAGAGCUAAAGGUAUCCUGUGGGAGGCGUAAAAACGCACGGACUCGGCUGACUUCACAAAUGAGACCCUCCCCCUUUCUCUCUCUCCCCCGGUUCUAAAUGACAGAUUGCCUGACACCGAAAAACAUUUUCAAAGGAUUCCCUGACAGCGGUGGCGAAACAGCUCUUUUGACGUCAGGAACAAUCAUCCGGGUCCCCACACUCCGCUCUUAUGGUAUUAUUUACUUUGCCAAGACCAGGGCGCUCGCGCUGGCUUAGUCGUUUUUUUAUACAUACAUAUAUGUAUUAUUAUAACGGGGGGGAGGAGGGUGUUUUGGAUUAUAUCCAGUUUAAUCUGGGACUGAUCUGUUGAUCUGAAAAAAGCGCGUGGAGAGCAAGGGAAUAUUCUGGUGCGACUAUCCAACUCUUUGCGGAUGAAUAUUUAAUGGAUCCGGAAUGGAGAUAGCCUUGGUGAGUUUUGAGAACGGCGGGGCCAAAGGGACCGGCGGCAGCAACAACGACGCCUGCUCGAACGCGCUGAAUCUCCCGCAGGCGCCCUUCGCACAAACCGGGCGCGGCGAGAGCUACGGAAAUGAGCUGAACGCUCUCGGUAGCCUGCAACGGGGCUCGUGGAAAAUAAACGACAUGAACAACACCUUCAGCAGCAGCGAGAAUGCCAUGGACGCGCUACUGCGCGCGGAUCACAGCCCCCAUCUCUUUGACGAAGACAUGCUGGACAUGGAUUUAGACAACGAGAGCAACGAGAGGGUGCUGAUCAACAUCGCCGGUUUGAGGUUCGAGACGCAGUUGGGGACCCUGAAUCAGUUCCCGGACACUUUGUUGGGAGACCCCGACAAAAGGAUCAAGUACUUCGAUCCACUUCGCAACGAGUACUUCUUUGACCGCAACCGACCAAGUUUUGAUGGAAUACUUUAUUUUUAUCAGUCGGGUGGAAAAAUCCGACGACCUGUCAAUGUGUCCAUCGACGUGUUCGCUGAUGAAAUUCGGUUCUACCAGCUCGGGGAGGAGGCGAUGGAAAGGUUCAGAGAAGACGAGGGUUUUAUUAAAGAUGAAGAAAAACCUUUGCCAGAGAAUGAAUUCCAAAAACAGGUAUGGCUCAUUUUCGAGUACCCCGAAAGCUCGAGCCCCGCCAGAGGAAUCGCCAUCGUCUCCGUGCUGGUCAUUACCAUAUCAAUCAUCACUUUCUGCAUGGAGACGCUUCCCGAGUUCAGAGACGAGAGAGAACUGCCAGCCACCAGCAGACUGGACAACACCACCGAAACUCGGCCGUCUCACACUUUCUCCGACCCCUUCUUCAUCAUAGAAACCACCUGCGUGAUAUGGUUCACCUUCGAGCUUACCGUGCGAUUUUUCGCUUGCCCGAGCAAGUCCGAGUUCUCCAAAACCCUCAUGAACAUCAUAGACAUUAUGGCCAUAAUGCCGUACUUUAUAACGGUGGGCACGGAGCUGGCCGAGCAGCAGGGGCAGGGCAACAACAGCGGGCAGCAGGCCAUGUCCCUGGCCAUUCUGAGGGUGAUUCGGCUGGUUCGUGUGUUCAGGAUAUUCAAACUGUCCCGACACUCGAAAGGACUGCAAAUUCUGGGGCAAACUCUGAAGGCCAGCAUGCGCGAGCUCGGACUCCUAAUCUUCUUCUUGUUCAUCGGGGUCAUCUUGUUCUCGAGCGCCGUGUACUUCGCAGAGGCAGACGAGCCCGAGUCCCACUUCUCCAGCAUCCCCGAUGCCUUCUGGUGGGCCGUUGUAACCAUGACAACUGUUGGUUAUGGAGACAUGAGACCUGUGACAGUUGGGGGCAAAAUCGUCGGCUCGCUGUGCGCGAUCGCGGGGGUUUUGACCAUCGCUCUGCCGGUUCCAGUAAUCGUGUCCAACUUCAAUUACUUUUAUCACAGAGAAACUGAUCAAGAUCAAUCGUCUCUAAAAGAGGAGCCCGCCAAUGAGAACGAGGGCCCCGGGGAGGAGCUAAAACGAAGCCGCAGCAAAUCUUCCCUAAAGUCCACAGAGGAUGUAGAAAAAAAUGAUGGGGCAAACACGCCGGUCGAAAAAGCGAACAUUAAAGCAAACAGCAACAUGGAUAUCAAAAGGUCCCUCUAUGCGCUUUGCUUAGACGCAAGGGAAACAGACUUAUAGGCUAUAGGCUUUAACGACCGUAUUCCGUUGGUCGCUGACUACUUUGACGAUUAAUAUGAAUAUACUCAUACUUAACUUCAAUAAAUGUUUUUCAGCAAGUGAUCACAUUUUUGUUGCAACAAUGGCAAAUUUAAGCCUGAUACGCGUCCAAACCAACAUACCGAGAUUCGCCUAAUUAAUAAACGGCAAUUAGGCCAGUCUGCACAAACAUACACAGUAUUUUCACACCUCAGGAUCGCACUACAGUUGGGCCUAACGAUAAUUACAAACAAUAAUUAACCAGAAACACACCGCCGCGACGCGAAGGGAAAGGCGAUAGUGAUAGAUUACAGUAUGACCAGAAAUAAUUACUUGUGCGCUUAAAUUUAUCGUUGUGGGAUUAGGGUGUUGGAAGUCAGGCAGAACUGUCAUCGAUCUGUCGAGCAGGCCUUAAUUGAGUUGCAACGACAAACAGAAAAACAGCAGUGUGUAAAAUAAAUAAUUUAUUUUGUUUUUAUAUAUAUAAAAAUAGGAAAAAUCGAAUUGGUAUUUUAUGCUCAACGUUCUGUCGAUGUUAAUGUUCUGUUUGAUAUCGGAUUUAUUAUUACAUUCUUGAAGACGUGUAUAUAUUUUCCUAUAUCAUUUAGUCAUCGAUAUAAUCUAUGUAGGGAUUGAAAGAGCAACCCUGCUGGCGUAAACUAUACGUGCGACGUAGCUGUUCAAUUCUAUGAAACAGUUCAUUGUGGUGACAUGAUCUACUAUCCUUGUUUCCUCGCUUAUUUUUAAUAUCCGUGGAGAUAUAUCCAAUAUAUUUUUUAUUUCAAUUAUACAAUCACGUGUCAAUUGUUUUUUUUUUUUGUGGGAAUUGAAACUUUACAUUGCAACACUUUUUUGAGAUUGCCAAGAGGACACUGAGGAGCUUUAUCAUAACGAACAUGGCGUUUAGACGGGCUGCCCCGAGGUAAUCAGUACACUGUUUUAAUGCCCACCUCAAGAAAGUGGACCAGACGGCUGUAAAGCGAUGUCGGAAUACCAAUAGAAGAAAUUGUGGAGAUUCGUGGAAACUCAAUGGUGCACAGAGACUCCAAAAACUCACCAGAGAGCUUCGGUCGGGGGACUCACACUGACAGGUCCUACUACAGAUGCACUGGGAGUCAUCCACACCAGAGACGGGGUCCAGCUGAACACCACCAACACUCAAACUCGUGCCUUCGACCAAUUCACCACCAUUUCCUUUUUGUUUUUGCCAGCAAAACAAUGCGUUCUGGGUACUGACUGCCCUGAAAUGACUGACAGAAUUUUACUGACGCCCAUGGGGCUCCACCCACACUCUCGCAGGGCAGAAAGGGGCGUGGCUUCUAAGAUGCACAAACAUUCUAAAUUCCGGGCAUUCUGGCGAGCUAGUGUUGGGGAAAAAAACAAAAA